AUACACCCGCACGUCCACUAUGCAUCAUGGAUCACGUCACUCACAGCAGCGAGUAGGGUGAGGAUCGGGCCGAGGACACGCACGGCUCCUCUGUCGACCGGCUGUACACGUGUCUGCCGCCCACACCCGCCAAUGGCCGCACACGCGCAGACUGACACACCAACCUGACACACACACACAUCAACCGUCAAACCCGGCCGGAGGGCGGAAGUAUGUCUGCCCACGUACCGCUUGCCAGGCAGCUGUGCAGGCGGCAAGUGCGGGUAGAGGUGCAGUCCGCUCAGAGUGGGGAAGGGCUGGGGACCGAGUAGCUGUCCAUCGGCAUUAGGCUCUGCCAGCCGUGCCGCGUACCUCCACCGCACAAACGCCCUCACUACUCGGCCGUCCACCGCACACUCAGACCCGCGAUAAGGCAGCUGCAGCACACAUCAUAUGCACACCACAAGCGUUGAAAAGGCUUCUGCUGCAUCUGUGAGGUUACCCUUAUUUGCCGGCCUUCCCUCUGCCCGUUGUCUGAGUGUGCGGCCAACACAUUGCGCAUCAGAGCGAUAAGAGAUCUCUGCACACACACAUAAAUGGGAGACAGACGACAUCGAUGUGCUUCCGCUCGUUUCCUUCCCGUGUGCGCACCCUAAUGAGUGCCCCGCGGUAGUGCGCUACAGCCACCUCCCUCAACGCGCGGCUCCUGACACACACACAGACACGCAGAAAUGAUGCGAGUUCGCGACCUCGCCCACCCUUCACCCGCCAUCCAUCCAUCCAUCCAUGCAUCUAGCCACCCACCUGACCACUCCGAUGAGUGCCUUCACUCGCCGAAAGGCAACCUCCACCUUCAUGGGCAGCAGCAGCCUCUCCCAGCCAUGCCGCACCACACCACCCACCAGACGCACCAGCAACACGGGCAGAGCGGACACGGGCAGAGCGCCGCGACAAGAACGUCGGCUGCCUGCCGAGCGGCGGGCGAAGCGCCGGAAAGCAUGGCGCAGCCGAAGAGAGUACGCCAGCACACGGAAGGCCCGCCGCUCGCGAGAAGAGCUGAUAGGUGGAAGCGAAGAAGCAGCAGGGUCGUUUCCAUUUAGUGAUGCUGGGUGGGUGGCUUCGUACCUUGCCCAUUGAACAAGAGCCUGGUGUGAGCCCUUGCAUCUGUAGAAUCGGGCGGCCACCUCACAUAGCCGGUCCAUAAUGAGGUCGUCACUCAUAUCUAAACCCCUGCCCGGACCCGAGUCCAGAUCCACAGGGACGUGGCCAUUAUCCAGUGACCCUGACAGACAGGUAUGGACACACAAGCCUCCAGCCAUGUCAGGCGGACAUCAUCUCGCACUCACCUUCUGCCAUGCGGCAGGUGCGCUCAGUCACCCAUCCGCGCGACACUCCCUCACCACCCCAACUCACAUGGCCGCCAGGCCUGACGACCUCUCGCCGCUCUUCCCUUCUCUCGCUGCUCAGGCUGGGUACUCUCACACACGUCGGCACUCCACCACCACCCCGCUGCUCGCAGCCCCUCGUUGGCCAUCUGCCGUCGUCGAUGACACAUCGGUUCAGGACUGGCGGGGCGUGCGGCUGGGGGAUGCCGCUCCCGUGGUUCAUGUUGCUGGGGGCAGCCAUGCUGGCGUUGGCCCUGCGGAGGGGCGACGGUGGUGGGUCAUGGGGCUGCUGCUGAAUGCGCACCACACUCAAGUCUGAAGGACGGCGGCGCCGAUUGAGCGAAAGGGCUCUGAAGGCUCGGCGCUGUGCCAGCUGCUGGUAGUGCCGUUCGGCGAGCCGCACUGCAGUGUCCAUCCACUGCAUCUCCACCUCGCGAAUCUCAUCUGACAGAGAGAGAGAUGAAAAGCCCAUGCAUCAAGCGCUCGAUUGUUGUCCUGCCGUACCUACCGAGCACGUCAGGGGCUAUCGACAGGGCUGCGGGAGUGGGUUCCAGAUCGAGAAGGCAGCGAGAUCUAUAAUUGCCGAAAUAUCCAUCGUUCCGCUUGGAGGGCCGAGCGAUUGGCGAUGGCAGAGCCAACUGAGCUUCCCUCAUGCCUCCCUCUUCCACUUU